UAUCGGAGGUUAUCGAAUCUUAGGCCACCACUAAAGCAACCCAAAACACGUGUGGAGUGCGGUCGUUUAUUAUUUUCGUGCUGAGAACUUUUAUUUAACGAGGAAGGAGAAAACAACACAUCAAGAUGAGUACCGCAUUGGCCCAGCAGUUGAAGAAACUGGCGGCGCCGCAAACGUCCAUCCCCCUGGCGGACGCGCGGAGCCGGGCCUCUAUUCUGUUCGACCCAAAGGAGGCCGCCACCAAGGACCGCAGGGCCAUCUACGACAUUGGAGUGGCGGGAUUGCAGGAGCUUACCGAGCUGAACCCAGCCUUCAAGGAGUUCCACCUCACCCUGUUCGACGAAGCCACCCUGACUCUGGAACGGGCCGUGGAGCUGCCGGAGGUGAAUAAGAUGUUGGACACAGCGAUUGGCAAGUUCUUGAGGCUACUGUCGCCCUACCUGUUGCUGCGCCCCGCCCACAUGGCCUUUGAGUGGCUGCUGCGGCGCUUCCAGGUACACGAGUACAAUCGCCGGGCGGUUAUGGGCCUCAUCCUUCCCUACCACGAGACCAAGGUGUUUGUCGAGGUCCUGAAGACUAUGCGCAUCCGUACCACAGACGCCGACUGGGCCUGGCUGCGCCGCCUUCAACGCCCUGGAGCCCCACUCGCCAAGUCAGCCAUCGUCAACCGGGCGGCCAACAAUCCGGCCUUCCUCGGAUUCAUCUGCAAGACCACCCAGAAGUCGGUCAAGGAGCUGGGUCCUCGGGCCUACCAGUUGCAGGCCCAGAUCAACUUUUACGCCACUGUGGUGGUGGGCGCUUUGCAGACUGCCCAGCCCCUGCAGGACUGGCACGUAACCACUAUUCUGGAGUCGCUGCUCAAGAGCCUCGUGUCGGACAACGUGGACUUCAUGGCUGCCGCCUAUGUGAUCGUGGCCCAGCUGGUUUCCCGCACCAAGCUCAAGAGCAAGGUUUGCAAUGCCUUGUUGGAGCGCGUUGGAAACUGUCCCUUUGAGCGCCUUCAAAACGAGUCACUGCUUCUGCUUCUGUGCAUCUACGGAAAGCAGCAGCACGCUGUGCCGCACUUCACGCCCGGCACCAUUCUGAACUUGGUGGGCCAAAAAUGGCUCAUCCCGGCGUUGACAUCGCUUGCCAAGGGCAACAUCGCAAUCCAGUCGAUCUGCAUUCCGCUCAUGACGGGCGCCGUGGCAGCCAUUCGAGAGGACGAUCCCGCUUCUGUCACGCACAAACAGUUCCUGGAUAACUUGCUGUCCGAGGUGCCUUUGGCUACUCCCUGUGCCCAACAAUUGAUCAAUUGCUUUUUGGAUUGUUUUGUAGCGACGGAGGCCCCUGAGCCCAUGGAUACUGCGGAUUACAAUGAUGAUACCAUCAUUAUAGACUCUGACGAUGAAGCCGAAACAGAAAAAACUAGCUUUGAUACUUGGUAUUCCUCUUAUCUGGAGAAACUGGAGCGUCGCUAUCCGACGGCGUUCGAUUUGUGCGUCAAGGAAGCCCUGAGAGCCAAAUCCAAAACCAGUAAUCGCCAGCAGGCCUUAAAGAUAGCUCUGGGCUUCCGGCUCAACACCUCGGACGAAAAGGCCAAGAGCGCCUACGAGAAGCUAUACCAUUACAGCUCCGACUGGCGCCUCAAUGCCGUCCAGCAGCUAUUGAAAAGCUUGAACCUACCCAAGAAGCGGGAGCGCAGCGUAAAGUUGUUGCAAGAAUGUCUGCUGGACCGCAUCAACGAUGACAGUGGUGCAGUGGUUGCUGCACUGCUUGGACUGCCCACAGAAACCAUGGUUGAAAUAUUGGAGCCUCUGGAGUUGGCUAAGACCCUGUGCCGACUAGUGCAACGCGCCCAAUCCGAAAAGGAUGCGGAAUGGCAAGCGGUGGUCCCACUCGCCGUGCAUCAUCUUACCACCUCCCAUGUUAGUGGCCACUACGACUCGAAUUUGGUGCUGCUGGCGCUGAUGCCACUGCUGUUCCCUGAAAAGUCGCUAACAAAGGCCGAGCACCAGGCUUUGCUGAUUGUGCUUGGAAGCGAGUUCGCCGGUAGGGUUUCGUUCCUGGGAGAGCUGAAGGUUACCCAGAACUUUGAAGAGUUUAAGCUCAACGAGCAUCGGCAACACUUCCUGGACAUAAUAUCGGGAACUGAGCAGGAGCUGGUCAGUCAGGAAAGAGCUCUACUCCAAAGCAUCGAAGAUCACGGCGGGGAAGCCUACUUGCAGGACGCCUCCCAACUAACACAUCUCCUCUUGUUGCUCACCGCCUACGCCAAGAGAGAACUUCCGGCGAAGGAGAGUCUCCACAUGCUUGAGAAGAUUUCCCUCUAUAGCCCGCGUAUCCAGUUUCGUAUUGUUAAAGGACACGGCAGUGCUCAAGAGUUCGUUCCGCUGCAGUUGUAUCUGGAUUUCUUGUUGACCCUUGUGAAGAACACCAAGUGGACGUCUUUGGCUUCCGUACCUUGGACUGAGAUCACAGAUGAACUGCGUCUGUGCCUUCGGCUCCUGGAAAUACAUUGCAAGCAGGUGUUCGUGGAACGCAGUGAUCAAAGCGAGCACUUGGAGUGGACACGCUCCCUCCAGCAAUGUCUUACCCUGAUCCUUCCAUCGGCCCAAGAUCGACUGGAUCUGCUCACAAACUUUUACAUUUUCGAGCGCUUGCCGGAAUUGUGGCCACGGAACUUGGACUACACUGUAUUCCGCCUGCAGGGUUUCCUGCUACUGGAUGCGGUGCUGUCGAACCAGAAGUCGCAGCUGGACUGCAGCCUUGUCCACGUGCUGCGAGUGGCCAACGCCUGUGGAUCGCCACUUCAGACCCUGCGGUUGCAGGCCAUCAACACGCUGCAGUUGAUGAGCACUCGCAAGCUGGUGGGCCACGUGGAGCAACUGGUGCGAUUGUUACUCCAGCGGCGAAGUGAACUUGGCAUGGAUCACGAGCAGUACGCCUUGAUUCUGUACACUAUUUUGGAGCCGGAGAACGCGACUGCCAAGGAGAAGUUGGUCCUCUCCAAGCUGAAGCGCGCGGUGCUGGCCCUUGCUUCCGAUCCGGAGCAGGCGCCUACCUGCACGGCCGCCCUGCUGACGGCUCUGAAGCACGUCAACAACGAGCACUUCCUCGGGGAACUGCUACCACUGGGCUUGGCAUCGCUGAAGAAAAUCACCGCCGCCGUGGGCGAGCAACAGUUGAAGCAGCUCCCGUGGCCGCACAGCGACAUUUACAAGUCGGUGAUGGAGCGCUUCGAGGGGAACGUAGCGCUAAAUGUGUUGCUUCAGAAGCCCCUGGCCUGGGAACUCCUAGAGGCCAGCUUCGCCCAUCACGAUGCCUACAUCCAGCUGGAGAAAAAGCUGCAGCCUCUGCCCUGUGUCCUGCUGAACAGUCUCACCCCGGAAACCUUCGAGCGCCUGCAGGCCCAGCACAAGGUGGCUCUGAUCAAGCUGAUUGUGGAAGCGGCAACGCUCUCGGACAACGACAGCAUCUUCCUGGCCAGCCACCGCUUGCUGAAGCGCUGCCGCCUGGAGUGCAAGCCCCUAGUGCCGAUCCUAGCGGAGAUGGCCGCCAGCAAGGGACUGAAGCCACAGCAAGCGCGCGCGAAGCCAACCAACAAGCGGCGCUCUGGAGGCGAAGCUCUGCAGUUAGAUUUGACCAGCUUAUCCUGGAAGAAGGGCAUGACGCUACUGGAAUUGCUGGAGCAUAAGAAGCUACUUGUCGGCGCUGAGCUGUUGAUUCCGGCACUGUUUGAUCUUCUCCAGGGCUGUGUUACGCUGGAGGAACACAGUGCCGCCGAGUACCCCAAGCAGCUGAUCCUCACCAGCCUGCUGCACUCAUGCCAAAUGGCCCAAGCUGCUGGCAUUCAGCUGGCCAAGACCCUGCCGGAGUCCAGUUUCCGUAUCGAGCUGGUGGUGCAGUGCCUGCGCAACACUCGGAAUCCUCAGACCCAACAGCACGCCCUGCUCUUCCUCGCCCACUGCGCUGGCAUGUAUCCACAGCAGGUCCUUCACAAGAUCGUUGAAAUCUUCACGUUCGUGGGCUCCACAGUAGCCCGCCACGACGACGCCUUCAGCCUGCACAUCAUCCACAACGUGGUGGAGUCGAUUAUCCCCAUUUUGCUGCAAACAACGGGCCAGAAGGAACAACUGAUCAUCCCAGUGCUGAAAGUCUUUGCCGACAUUUGCACGGAUGUGCCGGUUCACAGGAGGCUGCCUCUCUAUGCUACACUGUUCCGGGUUCUAGACCCCAAGGAGCACCUCUGGCAGUUCUUGUGCAUCCUGUUCGAAGCACAGGUUAUGCUGGAACAAGGUUCCAAAAAGGGUUCCACGGAAAAGUCAAGACUGGACUUUGCUUCCGAGUUGACACUGAUGUUCGAGGAUCCGGCUGUUGGCCUGCAAACUGCUGUCCGUCUGCUGGAUUACCUGGCCAAGCUGCCAGCAAACAAGGGCACUCAGUUGACAGCGGAAGCCAGAAACUCCUCCGUUUUGGACACCGAGCAGAAACUUUUCGAUGUGCGGAACAAUUCCUUCAAGCAGCUGCGUCAUUACAAGUAUCUGAUCAUGGAAUUCCUUUCGGGAAUCAGCAGCAGCAAGGAGUGGCAGGCCAAGAUGAAGCGUCCCGACCCCACAGAGCUGUUGCCCCACUACCAAGACUUCAUCCUCAAUACACUCGCGUACGUGGGUGUGGUCAACGGAGCUAUUGUUUCCACUGCAGAGACGCCGUUGCUGCAGAAGUACUGGCGGGUGUUGGCGAACUACGCCCACGAUGUCCUGGACAAUGCCAUCGGACUGUUGGCCCCGGAGCACUUCCUCAGCGUGAUCACAGAGCUGUUGCAGCACGACCUGGUCCAUGUCCGCAUCAAGGUCUUGGAGCUUCUGGUCACCAAGCUCGGUCCCACAAACGAUUACUUCCAACAGUCGCCGCCCGACCACUUCGGUGUGCUCUUCGCCCCCCUGGAGUCCAUUAUUAAUGGAAUUCUGGAGGGUGGUGCCGCCAAUGCCCAGCAUGCUCAGCUCCAGCAGACAGCCCUGCACGCCCUGCAGCUCCUGGCCCAUCGACAUGGUCGGGACUUCAUCGACGAAUGCCGUUCCCUGCUGGCCACCCUCACCAAGAUCACCAAACGGCGCUCCAACGUACCCAAGGCGGUGGUGGGCAAUGUGGUGCUCACUCUCGUGGAGAUUUGUGCGAGCUUGAAGGCUCAUGCACUCGCCCAGUUGCCGAAGUUUGCGCCACAGCUGACGGAACUGCUAAAGGAGCAAGUACACCACAUGACUACACAAAAAACGGGUCCCGACUAUCUCUGCUCGACCCUCGUGAACGCUCUGCUCAAGCUCUUCAAGGCCCUGCCUCUCUUCUUGGGCCCCUACCUGGUAGACAUCAUCGGCGCACUGGUGCGUCUGGGAGUGCAAUUGGACCACCCUCAACUGCUACAGGAUAAACGCGCUCAAGCUCUUAGAUCACAACUGGUGGAGGUUUGGAGUGCGGUGGCCCAGGGCGUGGAGGUGCGCAUCCUCGUUCCCAGCUGCUCCAAGGCCUAUUCCUGCCUGCUGGAACACCAGGCCUACGACGAAGUGGGCCAGUUGAUGCAACAGCUGCUGCUACAGUGCAUCCGGCACAAUGCGACGCAGCAGUUGCUGCCUGUGCAGGAUGCCCUUAGCGAACUGUUUCUGCAGGCACUGGAGUUCCGGCUACAAGUGCGUGGACGCGGUGUAGACAGACAAACGGUCUCAGAGGUGGAGGGCGCCAUUGCGGAGACCUUUGUGACAUGGAUUCUUAAGCUGUCGGAGGCCAACUUCCGGCCAAUGUACUCCCGGGUGCACAAGUGGGCCCUGGAGAGCAACGAGAAGGAGACGCGGCUCACCUAUUUCUUGCUGACCAAACGAAUAGCCGAGGCUCUCAAGUCGCUGUUCGUGCUCUUCGCCAGCGAGUUUGUCGACGAUUCUUCCCGCCUGCUGGCUGAGCACAACACCCUUCGGGCCGAGUUCUCCGCAGGAGAUCGGGAAGAUGAUGUGGAGCUAUUGACCGCCAUCCUGGGCACCCUGCACAACGUGUUCCUGCACUGCAGCGAAGACUUCAUUAAUGAGCACCGUUUCAAUGCUCUGAUGACGCCGCUGGUCGACCAGCUGGAGAACGACUUGGUCCUGGGCUGCGAGCAGCUGCAGCAGGCGCUCACGAACUGUAUUGCCCAACUGGCUGUGGCCACCAACGAUGUGAUGUGGAAACAGCUCAACGGCCAGGUGCUCCUGAAAACACGCACCCCAACGCCAGAGGUCCGAAUCCUAGCCUUCAACACAUGUGUGGCCAUUGCGCGCAAGUUGGGCGAAGGCUUUGCUCCACUCCUGCCGGAAACAGUGCCGUUUAUUGCGGAACUACUGGAGGACGAGCACCAGCGGGUGGAGAAGAACACGCGCACGGCGGUGCAGGAGCUGGAGUCUAUUCUGGGAGAACCAGUGCAGAAAUAUCUAUAAAUGUUUUCAAGAACUUUGAAGAGCAAUUUAAAAUAAAUGUUAUAUAUUCACACAUUAA